GCGCGGUGCGAGUAGGGAGCUUCCUGGCAGGCAUGGCGUCCGGCGCGCUACGCGGCCUGGCAGUGGCCGGAGGAGGCGAGAGCAGCGACAGCGAGGAUGACGGCUGGGAGAUCGGGUAUCUCGACCGGGUGUCUCAGAAAUUAAAAGGGCCAUUACCUGGUGAAGAAAAGAGUGAAACAUUUAAGAAAGCAUUGACCACAGGAGAUAUUUCAUUGGUCCAGGAGCUCCUAGAUUCUGGAAUUAGUGUAGAUUCCAGCUUUCAGUAUGGAUGGACUCCCCUUAUGUAUGCUGCUAGCAUUGCCAAUGUAGCGCUGGUUCGGGUCCUUUUGGACAGAGGUGCUAAUGCAAGCUUUGAUAAGGAUAAGCAAACUAUUUUGAUAACUGCAUGUUCUGCUCGUGGCUCAGAGGAGCAGAUCUUGAAGUGUGUAGAGCUACUACUUUCAAGAAACGCUGAUCCCAAUAUUGCUUGUAGGAGACUUAUGACUCCAAUCAUGUAUGCUGCUCGAGAUGGUCACCCUCAGGUUGUUGCUCUCCUUGUUGGUCAUGGAGCAGAAGUCAAUACCCAGGAUGAGAAUGGUUAUACCGCUUUAACAUGGGCAGCACGUCAGGGUCAUAAAAAUGUAGUUUUGAAGUUGCUUGAACUUGGAGCUAAUAAAAUGCUACAAACAAAAGAUGGAAAGAUACCAAGUGAAAUUGCAAAAAGAAAUAAACAUCUUGAGAUCUUCAAUUUUCUUUCUUUGACUUUAAAUCCAUUGGAAGGAAAUCUUAAACAGCUAACUAAGGAAGAGACCAUUUGUAAACUAUUGACAACAGAUUCUGAUAAAGAAAAGGAUCACAUAUUUAGUUCAUAUACAGCAUUUGGCGAUCUGGAAAUAUUCUUACAUGGUCUUGGACUUGAACAUAUGACAGAUUUAUUAAAGGAAAAGGAUAUAACUUUAAGACACCUUUUGACCAUGAGGAAAGAUGAAUUUACAAAGAAUGGAAUUACCAGUAAAGAUCAGGAGAAAAUUCUGUCUGCUCUUAAAGAACUAGAGGUAGAAGAAAUAAAAUUUGGAGAGUUACCAGAAGUGGCAAAGUUGGAAAUCAGUGGUGAUGAAUUCCUCAACUUUCUUCUGAAAUUAAACAAACAGUGUGGCCAUUUAAUAACUGCUGUACAGAAUAUCAUUACUGAGUUACCUGUAAAUUCUCACAAGAUAGUACUGGAAUGGGCUUCUCCCCGGAAUUUUACUUCAGUUUGUGAAGAACUCGUCAGUAAUGUUGAAGAUUUGAGUGAAGAGGUCCACAAACUAAAAGACUUAAUUCAGAAGUUGCAAAAUGAACGGGAAAAUGAUCCAACUCAUAUACCAUUAAUGGAAGAAGUAUCUACAUGGAAUAGUAGAAUUUUGAAGAGGACAGCUAUUGCAGUAUGCGGAUUUGGGUUUCUUCUUUUCAUCUGCAAGCUAACUGUCCAGAGAAGAUACCCUAAUAUUUGUUUUUAAGUUAUGUAUGUAUAUCUCAUUCAAACUACCCAGCAGCAUUGAUCGCUUUUAACCAUUUGUGGCCCAAUAUAACUUCUCAUUCUUUGCCAGUGUUCCAUAAGAAAAAUUAUGACAACAUAAAGCAGAGAUUUUUUUCUUUAGAAAGUAGUUCUGUCAGUUUGAAUUAGAAAUACAAUUUAUAUUUUUAUGUUAAUUUCUAUCAAGCAGUAAAUUAUAAGUAAUUCUUUAGUUUGAACAUAUGGCUCCAAAUCACAUUCAAAAUAAAAGUUUCAUAUACUAUUCUUCAACAUUUAAGAGUGUGUUCAUUUGUCAUAGUGCAUCUUACAGAAUUUGUGAAGUGUUCAUAAACU